AGAUGGUUGUUUUCUAAAAACUGUGUAUGGUGGUCAAUUACUUACUGCAAUUGCCUAGGUUGGAAGCAAUGGCCUUUUCCCUAUUGCCUGGGCAGUAGUGGAGAGGGAAAAUGGGGACUCAUGGGACUGGUUUCUUAGGAAGCUCUUGUUGGAUAUUGGUGGUUUUGAUAACAAUAGAUGGUGCUUCAUUUCAGAUAGGCAGAAGGGCUUGGUUCAGGCAAUUGAAGGGUUGGAAAGAGAGAUGCAACAAAGAAUAGAACAUAGGUUCUGUGUUACGCAUAUUUAUGCCAAUAUUAGUAAGCAAUGGCCUGGAGCUCACUUUAGGUGGCUAGUUUAUGAAUGUGCAAAGUCAACUACAAUGCAGGGGUUUAACAUCCAUAUGCAAAAAAUUAAAGACUUAGAUGAAGCUGCUUGGAAAUACUUGAGUGACAUAAGACCUUGUUUGUGGACUAGAGCUGCAUUUUCAACCUUCAGCAAGAACGAUUCAAUUGUGAAUAACAUGUCUGAGAGCUUUAACUCAAUGAUAUUGCCAUCUAGGGAUAAGCCAAUUAUAACAUUGCUUGAGGAAUUAAGAGCUGAUGCUAUGGAUAGACAUGUGAUGCUUAGAGAAACAAUGUCGAGAAAGCAAGGGGUUCUUGUGCCAGAAGUACACAAGAUUCUAGAUAAGGAAUUUGAAAAUAGUAGGUUAUGGACAGCUAAGUGGACAGGAGAUGAUCAACAUGCCAUAUUUCAGGUUAGUAAGAAACCAGAACAAUACAUUGUCAAUGUGGAAAGGGCAACGUGUACAUGCAGGGCUUGGGACCUGUCAGGUAUACCAUGUACACAUGCUGUUGCAGCAAUUGGUUGGUUGCACAAGGACCCAGCUGAUUUUGUCCAUCAAGCUUAUACUAAAGCAACCUAUUUGAGGGUGUACAAAUUCAAUGUAGAGCCAACAAAUGGAGAGAAUUUGUGGAUUAGUGCUGGUGGUGAUAUUGUUCUUCCUCCUCCAAUUAAUGUUGUAGUUGGAAGGCCAACCAAAAAGAGGAGAAGGGAGCAUGAUGAGCCCAAGAGCAAGAGCAGGUUGAGAAGAAGGUAUGGCAAGACAAAGUGUAGUAAAUGUGGACAAGAAGGACACAAUAAGAGACGUUGUGAGAAUCAAUCAAAUGUUCAGGUUGGAAAUGUUGCUUCUGGGAGUAGCAGUGUUACACAUGAGGCAAGGGUGUUGACUGGUACAGGUGUUGCAGGCAGAGGUGUUGCAGGUAAAACUGUUGGAAGGGGUAGAGGUGCUGCUGGUAGAAUUGCUGGAAGGGGCAGAGGUGCUGUAGGUAGAAUUGUGGGAAGGGGCAGUGGUGUAGCUGAUAGCCCUGGAAAAAGGACCAAGGAAAAUGCUAGAAGGCUGCCAAAUACAUAUUCAACACUUCAAGGUUCAACCUCAAGCUCCAGGUACUCUGCAAUGAUAAAUGCAACUCAGGAGUCCAUCACAAAUGUCAAAAAGAAUGGAUGAAAUAGGUGUACGAAUCAAUACUCGGAGGUUGUUCCACUUUUUGUAUUAUUAUGAAUGUGUUUUUGGACUAUUUGUUGCAUGUGAUAGCUAUGUUUUUGAGACAAUAUAAUGAUAUGGACUCUUAUUUAUUUUAUAAAUUAUUUGGUUAAUUGAGUU